CGUAGUUCAUACAAUUGCUACUACGUGAACCAUCAAAGCUAGCGUGGUCGUGAUUCAACUUUCAUUUAUUUAAUAACAAGAAAGUUAGGACUCGGAUAUCAAGUAAUUUCGGUCCAAGAACGCUUAUAAUUGGACAAUACCGAUGGCCGGAAUCUCUACAGACGGCGGAAACAGGAAUUCUUCUACCGACAAAAUGUCCAAGAGGGCGUGGGGUACAGUGACCAAGCCACCAUCGAUGGACUUGGGAUGGCAAAAAAUGACUAACUACGAGAUCGACCAGACAGUGGAAAGAUUGUACUAUGUCCCUAAACCCAAAUCCAGAGAAUACAAGCGACAAAACCCACAAUUAACAGAAGAUCAGAUCACUGAUAUGAUGGAAAGACUGACGAAGAACGCUGGCGAUAAAGCUCCUGAUGCAAGACGGAUUGCGGAGGGUCCUCUAAAAGACAUGGGAGUCGUCAACUCAUUCGCGUGGAAGGGCUACAACUGAUGGAAUCGACGCGGAUAUUAUAUGGCGUUUUAUCAAGAGAAAUAUGUGUGUUUGUUAAUAUCUCAUGACGUCAGCAUCAUUUCGCCUCAACCUGUAAACGAUUUGUAUUGUUAGCUUUAGAUUUUGAUUUUUUUAGUCGAUAUUUAGUUUAUUCGAUGCAUAGUCAUGGUGACGGUACAGAGAAAUAAAACACGUUACUUUAA